AUGGACGUGAUUUCCAGGAGGACGACGACGACGACAUCGUCGACUUUGAAUCCGAACGCUCCGAUGUUCGUGCCGUUGGCAUAUCGGACGGUGGAGGACUUCUCCACCGAGUGGUGGGCCCUAGUCCAGUCCUCCCCUUGGUUCCAAGACUACUGGCUCCAGGAGCGCUUCCAAGAUCCCCAAAACGACCCCUUCUUUCCCGAUAUUAAUGAUCCUGCCCUCCCCGACGACGUCGAUGCUCUCUUCGACGACGUUCACUACCCCAACAACAACACACAGGCACAGCCAGAGGAGGAGGAGGAAGAGGAGAAGGAUUUUCACAAGGAGCUGGUUUCCAUGGGACUGCUGAAAUGGCGAAAGGGUCGGCCUUUGGCUGAGGCUCCCAGGUUCAUCGAAAAGGCUCCUAAGAUUGUGAACGUGAUGAAAGUGAGUCCGCGGGCGAUUCAGCAGCCGAGGUAG